UAUUUGAGUGUGAUUUGCUGUGGUGAUUUGCGUGGAUAUCACAAGAUAAUAUGAACCUAACAAAGCUAUGAAUUAUGAGCGACAUCUCUAAUUACUCAGUGGUCGGUCGAAUAGGAGAAGGAGCGCAUGGAUUAGUUUUCAAAGCUCGACAUCUGCCCACAGGGCGUGAAGUGGCUUUGAAGAAAAUACUUAUAAAGAACAUAGAGGAUGGUAUUCCUAUUAAUGUUAUGCGAGAGAUCAAAGCAUUGCAGCUGCUUCGUUGUAAAUAUGUGAUAAAGUUGUACGACAUGUUUCCUCGAGGCAUGAGCUUAGUAUUGGUUUUGGAGUACAUGUGCUCUGGCCUAUGGGAAAUGCUUCAUCACAAUCAGCAAGAGAUGACACUUCCUCGCAUAAAAACAUACGUGCAAAUGCUUCUAAAGGGAACGCGAUAUAUGCAUGCUCAUUAUGUAAUGCAUAGGGAUCUCAAACCAGCGAACCUGCUAAUAAAUCACGAAGGAAUACUGAAAAUUGCAGACUUGGGCCUUGCGCGUCUUUACUGGCCGGAUGGUGGAAGACCUUACUCGCACCAAGUGGCAACAAGAUGGUAUCGAGCUCCAGAGCUGUUAUAUGGAGCGAGGUAUUACAGUGAGAAAGUGGAUAUAUGGGCUGUUGGUUGUAUCAUUGCAGAAAUGAUUACGAAACAACCUCUUUUUGCUGGCGAAUCGGAUAUUGAGCAGUUAGCGAUCGUUCUUCAACGCUUGGGAACACCAACCGAGGAAAGCUGGCCAAGACAUUCAGAGCUUCCUGACUACCACAAAAUAACUUUUCCGGAAUCGUUACCAAUGCCUUGGACCGAUCUUCUGCCUGGAGUAGAUCCGGAUGCAAUCGACUUGAUAAAAUCAAUCGUUCUAUAUGAUGAACAAAAACGGAUAUCGGCUAAAGAGGCGAUUCGACAUGCUUGGUUUCAAACUAGGCCACUUCCAGCUACAUUAGAAGACAUGCCAAGACCAAAUGUCACAAAAACUAAAUAA